UUCCUUAUUUCCACUAAUCUAUCUUCUCUUUUUCACAGCAGCUUCUCGCCAAUUGUGUGAUAGGAAGUUAGAAUCAGCAGCGUUUCUCUGCUUGCGAGUCUUGUAUGUACUGAAGGAGCUACUUGGGGAGUUUGCUCCAGCAAAAAGUUCAGUCAACUUGUGGAAAACAGCAGCCAAAGUCGCUCACUUCCAACUCCGGCUUUCUCUUCCUGUCCCCGGAUAUAAACUUGCCACACGCACACAAACUUGCAGGAUAGAUAGGAUAGAGAGAAAGGAGACAGAGGAGUUCUUUUUGCACUCAUAAUGUCAGUCCACACACCACAGCCUGUGCAUCGCUCGGCUACCAUUGAGAUAGAUCCGGUCAGAACUCUACUGGUCAUUGGUCCUCAGAUAACCUCAAUAUGCAUCUCAGAGUCAAAGAAGAUGCCAAAUUCCCCUCUUUCUCACCCUCACCCCGGAUUCCUCUCAUACAGAGCACUGGCUGAGAGUGGCAUUAGGAAAUCCCUCGAGCUGGAGUAUGCAAACCAGACGGAGCACGCCAGGGAAAGAAGAGAGACCUUGCUGCGGAACGCAUACGAGCUAGACCCUCCUUUCGCCAUGAGCAAGGUCAUUGAGAGCCUCCGUGAACGCAAUGGCUACCAGAGGUGGCUAGAGGAAGUAUUUGCACCAUGUAAGGAGCUAGGCCUGGAGUUUGAGAGCUCACGAACCCUCCAACACCUCCUCAGCCUAAGGAGGAAAGGUGUUAGACUCCUUUACACACAUUACGAUGAUACCCUCGCUCGUGCGAUGGGUCUUCCUGUAGUUCUCCCUGAAGACGGCGAAGAUGAAGUUAGGAAAUGGGCUCAAGGAUUCCCGGCAUUGCUACACCUUCAUGGCGUCCACACACGACCGAGCACUGUCAAGAUCGAUUGCGUUAGUUAUAAGACAGAGGUUGGGUUUGGGCGAGUGGGGGACAUUAUAAGAGAGCAGUUCCAGUCCCGUAUGCCGUUAUUUAUCGGGUAUGACAGCAGCCAUUUUCUCGACCCUUUUCUCUCUAAAAUCGUCUCGACUUUUGCAACCGUGUCUGUAAUGCCCACCUCUCUCCCACUGCUUCUCUCGUUGUCACGGAAACAGCUCUCGGUUCCAGACGUCCUCCCGAUGGCAGUUGAGCCCAGUACCAGUCUGAGUUCGCUCGUGAAGAUCUCAAAGACUCAUCUCAGCAUUGCUCCUAUUAGUGAUUCUUUUCACCCAGUAUCCCUUCAGCUUGUCUGCAGCUCCAAGGAGGAGGUCUCUGAGAUAUUCGAGCUCCUUCAUCAGUUCCCGAACGUUCUUGUGAACCUCACGCAGCGUGGAGACAACGACCUCUACGUCAUAGACCUCCAGACCAACAGGCAGGUAUUGUUAAAGGUCUGGCUGAAGGUCUUCUCUCCGCUAGUCAUUUCAAAACUGGAAGGACUCACUGCCAUUGAGGUCCAGGGAAGCUUUCUAGUUAAUUUCAAUCCACAAAAAGACGAAUCAGUUCAUCGUUUUUCUCCAUCACUCCACACUCCAUCAGGCUCAUUUCCACACUUGGCCACGCCUACUCCUCUCUGGAAGGUUCCUCAAGUUUCUCAUUUCCCUUCUCCUCCCCUCGUUCAUUCUGCUGCCUCUUUGGAAGCUCAAAAACUACAACUCUUGGCCAGUCAGACUGUUGCUGCUAAUGCAAAAAUUGGCCAUAGCAAGUUUAUUAGGCGAAACCAGUCCGAUAUAACAUUACUUUCUGAUCAGCGAAAUCAGCAGUUGAUGCAACAAACUGAUGAACACACACAACCUAAAAACGGUCUCCUAGUUCAUCAGCGGAGUGCUCCUACAUUCCCACUAUGUAAUCCGUUCUUGUUUGCAAGCACGGGAGGUGCUGGGAAGCUCGUCAGCUCUGCCCCUUUUAGCUCCACCCCUUUUAGCACCGCACCUAUGGCUGUGAGUGGAGUCGAGAGACGGACUCCACCCAUCGUGACCCCAGGGAAAAUGGGAGAGCGUAACUCGUUUGAAACGAAAAAGGAGGAGUUCAUUCGUGAGGCACAAGAGUGGAGUAAGCAAGUGAGUACUAAGAUCAAAGGCAAUGGGAGCGAGAGCUCAAGCACUAGUACUGCUAGUAGAACUGACCUAGAGUCUCCGCCGCAACCACCAACAAUAUCCUCCGGCCUGCCUCUAAUACCACUAAAUGCUUCAAGUCAUUUACUGCCUCAGUCUCCGCCCACUACAACUCCAUCUUCUCCGUCGCACAAACCCUUUUAUUUCUUGCCGUCUCCUCAAACUAACGGGACUAUUUUUGGUCUCUCUCGGGGCAUUCUAGCUCCUCCUCUCUCCUUCCUCACGUCUUUAUCAAAAAUAUCGAGUCCUACUUCCGUCCAUAACGGGCUCCUGGCCACGCCUACUUUGCCGUCAGACUCGAAAGUCGUUCACGUGAUGCAAGAUGGGAAAGUAUUUGCGACUACCUCUUAUUCUCUCGACGGGGAGGAGUCUGAAAGUGGACGGAGCAACCGAAGUCCAAAGAGAGUAAGUUCUCCAAGCUCUGAUCCCGAGUUCACUCGCUCUCCUAAAAAGAGAAGACGUUCGUCUUCUCUUCCUGACGUGAAUCAACUCAAGUCCUCUCUUCCUUCAUCUCCCGUAUCUCCCUCUCCAGUCUCAACUGUUACCCCAGUGUCUGGCCUACCGGAGCACACAUUCGUCUCGUUGAUGGGCGGCACUGGUGGCGUAACCGGACAGGCUAUUCCUCCUAUCUUCUUCUCCAACAUACCUCAGGCUACGAUGACUAAUAGCCUUAAAUUAGAGUCAAGCUCUGUGGAGCCUGACAGCGAAGCUAAACACGCUCCUCCAUCACCUGAUAUCGAUGUAGCAUUGCAUCCAGUACCACCUGGUAGAGGUCCUAUACAGCUCUGGCAGUUUCUCCUUGACCUCCUGAUCUCUCCUGACAAGACUCACCUCAUCCAGUGGACCGGGAAUGGCUAUGAGUUUCACAUAGCCCAGCCUGAGGAGAUAGCUAAGUUAUGGGGAGCAAGGAAGAACAAACCUCGUAUGAACUACGAUAAACUUAGCCGCGGUCUUCGCUAUUAUUAUAGCAAAGGCAUAAUGGAUAAAGUCCCCGGGAAGAAAUUGACCUUCAAAUAUACUUGUGACAUUCAGCAAUAUAUCAUACAGAGAGCUAAGAGCUCAGGGUCGUCGCCAGUUUCUGCUGGAAUUCUUACAAACUAGUUUUAUUAAAGAUUUUAUAUGUCUCUCUCUCUCUCUUUGUCCAUUGUACAUUAAUUUUAUUAUUAUGAUCAGCUAUAAUGUAAUUUUCUCUCAAAAUUAA